AUGCCACCGUUCGGGUUCUUAUUGUUCCUAUUAGCACUUCCCUUCAGAAUAAUAUAUGAAUUAUGCAUCUUCUAUAUAAAAGGUCUGCCUUACAGGAAGUAUUCUAAACAAUAUUUGAUUUCAGUCCAGAUUUCCUUUUGUCAAUGGCUCUUUGAUCUCCCAGUCACAGAAUCUAGAUAUUUCUCCCUUUAUAAUGCCAGUAUGAUAUCCUCAUUUCUUGGAUUCAAGUAUUCAUCCAUCUUAGGCAGGUAUCCUGGCCAUGGAGAACCAUACGAUGAUAAUUCCUUCUGGUUACGAAAGGCCCCCAACCGAAAGUCUACAGAUCCAAUCCUUAUAUAUCUUCAUGGUGGCGGUUAUUGUUUCCAACUUGGUCCAUCACAGUACAAGGCUGUUGUGACUAUCGUGGAACUAUUGGAUGCGUCCAAGCGUGAGAACCUCUCAGUGUUGAUUUUUGACUACAACUUGGCUAGCUCAGGUUUUACUUUCCCAUCCCAAUUAGCUCAAUUUCAUGACACUUAUCAAAAAUUAACAGUCAUCGGAAGUAAUUCGAACAUAAUCCUUAUGGGUGAUUCCGCAGGUGGUAAUCUCGCCCUUGUAUAUCUUCAAUAUCUUAAAGAUUUACAACAGAAAAAUUCAUAUCUGGCACAGGGAGUAGUUUAUCCCUCAAAAUUGGUGUUGAUUUCCCCCUGGGUGAAAAUUCAACCAGAGCCUGAAGAUUAUAGACCUGGACAUUCAUACUACGAUAAUGAUACCAUGGAUUUACUUCGAUAUGAACAUUUUUCUGACUCACAGGCUAUACGCAGAGUGUUUGGAACCUCUGACCUUGAUAGCUUGACUGUAUCACCGGGACGUGCUCCCUUGAAUAAAUUGGAAUGGAGUGGCAUAACUUCAAUAAAUGAUGAAAAUAGUGAUAUCUUGGUGAUUGUGGGGGAAGAUGAAGUGUUUAGAGAUGAUGUUCUAGAUUGGUGUCAUGUAAUACUAGAUUGUCCAUUACAAGGUUCUCUUUAUCACAACACAAAUUCAGCUUUAUUCAUACCUGCGAUUCAUGAAUAUAAAUCUUUACCUGACAAAGGGACAGCAGGAGUUGAAGUCUUCGUAGAGCCUUGGGGGGUACAUGAUGCUACAUUUUUAUUUGAAGAUGAUCUUUUAGAUAAAAUUGAUAAGCUUGGAUUAUCUUCAAAUGUCAAUGCUGUAGAUAGUGAUACCUACUUUGGAACUUAUAGAAUUGUGCAAUUUUUGAAUAGAGUACUUUAA